AGGGUUAACUUUGUCGGUACAGUCCAUGGCAGCUGAGUCGCAAAGCACACAGGGCCAUCAGGAGCAAUGUCUACCUAUAUCCUGGGUGUAGACGUGGGCACCACUUCUGUAAAAGCUGUUUUAUUAAAAACUGGCUCCAGAGAGGUGGCUGCGAGUCACGCUUUGCCAACUACGUCUGAUAUAAUCGACAGUAGCGGGAUAAAGGCGAAAGAGCAGGAUACUGGACGGAUCAUAGAUACUCUGAACCGGUGCAUCCGCCUGCUGCCCAGAGACAAACUGCAGCAUGUCAGCAGCAUCGGGCUGACAGGACAGAUGCACGGGGUUUUAUUCUGGAAAGCAAAGAGCGGUUGUGAUUGGUCCAACAGAGACUUCUUCACAGCCAGGGAUACCAGUCAGCUGAUCACCUGGCAGGAUGGGCGCUGCAGCUGUAACUUCCUGUCGUCUCUUCCAAAACCAGACUCACAUAUCAGUGUAGCCACAGGAUUUGGUUGUGCAACAAUCUUUUGGUGCAUGAAACACAGGCCCGAGUUCCUUAAGGACUUCACAGUUGCAGGUACCAUCCAGGACUAUGUGGUGUCCAUGCUGUGUGGUUUGGACAGUUGUGUUAUGACGCCUCAAAACGCAGCCAGCUGGGGCUUCUUCAACACUUCUUCCAACCAGUGGAAUAUAGACAUUCUGAAGGGUGCCGGCUUCCCUUUCCACCUGCUUCCUCAGUGUGUGCCAUCUGGUGGCUUGGCAGGACAGACGUGCUCCGACUGGCACGGUAUCCCUGCUGGUACGCCAGUAGGGGCUGCCAUGGGAGACUUCCAGUGCUCCGUCUACUCCUGCAUGAGUGCGCGGACAGAUGCAGUUCUUAACAUAAGUACCUCAGCCCAGCUGACCUUUGCCAUGCCGGCUGACUUCCAACCUCCAGAUUCUCCUGAGCCUGCCUCCUCCAUCUCCUACUUCCCCUACUUUGACAACUCGUACUUGGCGGUGGCUGCUUCACUCAAUGGAGGGAAUGUACUGGCCACUUUUGUGGAGAUGCUCUCUGCCUGGAUGAAGGAGCUUGGUGCGGAGCUGAGUGAUUCGUGCUUAUAUGAGAAGCUGAUUCAUUGCGCCCUGAAUCAGGAAACGAGUGACCUGAGUGUGAGUCCGACCAUCCUGGGAGAGAGACACAACCCUCUUUGCCUGGGUCAAGUGACCAACAUCUCCACUACCAAUCUCUCUCUGGGUCACAUGACCAGGGCACUGUGCCGCGGAAUCUUGGACAACAUCACCUCCAUGAUGCCCGCUGAGCGUCUGCAGCAGGCGGGGGUCAGCAGGAUUGUGGCCAGUGGGAGCGCCAUCGCCCGCAAUGAGGUGCUAAGGCAGGAGGUGGAGAAGGCGUUCCCUCAGCCGGUGGUAUACGGACAAAACGCGGACUCAGCUGCCGGCGUGGCCAUGGUCCUCUGCGACCUACUUUGAAUGAGAGUCGUGAUCCACAGGGGAAUCCCCUGUCUGUUUACAUGAUUAAUUGAGAGUGUUCUGAGCACCUUAUCGAACAGUAUCGCUUUGUUUAAAGAUGGAACAAUCAGGCAAACUACAUGCUACAACAUAUUUUGCUCUGUGUAAUUUAAAGGAAAAGCUGUGUUUGCCAGGACAGGGAUCAAAAGCCUUACGUAUCCUCUGACUUACUAUGUGCAAUAAGGUUUUGAAACUUUUUGGACCAAAUGAUCACAGCUAUCAAAUCCUUCAAACAUUUAAUUUGACAUUUAACAUCUAUUAGCAAUAUGCCAGGCAUUUCUGGGUCUGUUUUGUUGUUUUUAGCAGUGUGCAUUUUUAGACUUAUAAAUUAUGCCACACUAGAUUUUUGGCCUUUAUGCCUAAAGUUUUCCUAAAGCUGCCUUUUUGCAAAGAUGCUCAUCAUUUAUCAGAAAUAAAUUUCUCGUCUGACCGCAGUAUACAGUACAACAACAAAAUUAGCUGUAGACUUAAAAACCCCAGAUUUGCAAUUGCUUAGCUUUACAGUUGGUUCUGCGCCAACUCAGAUCCUGAUGAAUCAGUUCUUGCUCAUUUCCUGUGUGUUGCUGAAAGGCAUCAUUUGAAAUCUAUUAAGGGGAGAGAAAUCGCAGCGCUGCUGGAACACUUCUGAUCCAUAACAGGAUCUCUGUAUUUGAGGGUGGACAGUGUCUUUAAGUGAAACCACAGAUACUGCAUGAUGGUUUAUCAGCAAGGCCAGUGAUAUGAGGUGUUGCAACUAUUAGCAUGUUAGAAAAAUGCCUUUUCCUCUGGUAUUAUGUAAUUUUCUUUAACUUCCAUCUGUCUCGCGGUUUUUAUGUCGUUGCAUUUAAGGAGGUCUCCUCUGAGUUUGGUGUUUCCAUCUCAGCUCUCUCCUCUUCAUGUCACUUCUACAGUCUCGAGUUGCUUAAGGUGUCAAAUUGAGUUGUGUGUGUGUGUGUGUGAGCAUUUGUAUCUGAUGGAUCUGUUGUGUUGCACAUGUUCAGGGGCCUGUAUCACAAAGGGAGUCCAACUUAGUUUUUAAAUGCUUUUUGAAAAUAACUAUGUUCAGUAUGUAGUAACAUUUAAAUAGUAUUACACCUAAAAACAGUGAAGUUUUUGCUGCCAAAGCAUUGAGGGAAAGUGCAGAUAGUGUCCAAAAAGAGCCUUGAAGUAAAGGUGUAGCUGAACCAAAUGUGGCAUUUCUAAAAUAAUGAGCUAAUUAACAGAGUUUGUGUAUUUUCUUUUAAUAAAAAAAGUCAGUUAUUUUACUUUUAACUUCCACUUAUCAUCUACUUGGGUCUAAAAAGAUGAAAUACCCCCAACUCACCACAUUAUCCUGAGCUGCAGAGAUGGAGUAAGACACUGACUCUGUCACGGCUCCUGUGGGGAAUGAAAGAGAAACUUAAUAAUGCAGUUAAUAUACAUCUAUAACCACCAUCCAUUAGUCUGCUGGAGCGUCAUAUGUUUGUUAGAAGCCUUGUUUUACAUUAUUUCUCGAAUGCUUAAACACAUUUCUUGAAAUGAUGCCUCUUUUUCUCAAAACUCAACACAAAUCCACAACUUCUCACCCAAUUCCCCAAACAUAACAUUUUCAGGUCAAAAUGAAGCUCUUCACUCAAAACCCACAGUAUUACACACUGGGGAGAUAAAUUCAAAAUAAUACAACAAUAA